AUGUUUGAUACUUGUUUGACACUCCAUAGAGUUGCUGAGGUUGAAGUUGUUGAAGUUGUUGAAGUCGCUUUUAGAGUGACCACGGGCUGGAUACGCACUAGUCCCGUUUGGGCAUCGCGAAGCGUUCGGCGGCUUCUGAGCUUUUUCAAGCUUCAACCAAAGACCAUCGCCUGGAGCAAGCUGACGAAGGAGCCGUGUUUUUACUCUCCCACACUGUCAGGGAAGUCUGUAUUGCCCGAGAUGGAGAAUUACUCGCUCUUAGAUCAGGCGGAUGAAGCCAUUACAGAUGGGCUUCACAAAUCCCGCCUAUUAAACGUUGAAGAGAAACCGUUCAAGCGGAUAACAAAGCGCCUACUUGCUCCAAACUCCCUAAUAUCCUCGCCGGGCUCGUUCCUUGCAACACCGCCCCCCGAAGCGACGCCUGGAAACGCCGAUGCAAUCCAGGAACAUGAAGCAGAGAAGCAGAAAAUGCUGGAAAAAUGGAGACAGCUUCGAGAAGAUAUAACCCUGGAUUUUACCGCGUUUGAAAGCAGCCUUGUCCGAAUCCAGCUUCUCCUGGCAAGUAACGAGAAGGAGCGGGAGAGGUAUGCGGCGGAGAAGCUAGAGAUUAUGGCGACGGCGCAGGAGGUUCGAGAUAACACCACCGAGCUACGGUUGCAACUUGAAGAAGCGCAAAAUACGCUUGCACUACGAAAAACAUACGAUGAGUUAGCGGACAAGAUCACUUCUAACCGGUUGCUUCGACCACGAGAUGAUCAGCAGGCGAACCUAGAAAAGCUACAUGCUGAGAUUGCGAAACUGGAGAAGGAAAGCUCAGAAUACGCGCAGACAUGGGCUGAGCGAAGAGAGCAGUUUGGGCGUAUUGUUGAUGAAGGGAUGCAUCUUAGGCGGUUGAUCAGAGACGAAAAAGAGGAAGUGGAGAGGCGAGAAGGGAUGGAAGAGGAUGACGACGGAGAUGAGGGGGAUGCUAGUUCCAAAGGGAAGAGGAGUGCAGCCAGCACGCCACGGCCAGACCCAGAGAAUAGCGUGACUCCUUCGCAGCAGACUGGAACCGGUAUUGGUGCUGGAGGGGAGGAAACGAAUCCCGUGGUUGCAAAGCUUCAGGCCGAGAAGUCUGGUCCUGCAACGCGUGGUGGCACUCCCCUUAGGCAGACCAUUACUGCAUCAGAAACAUCUACUCCAGAAGAAAAAAGGAUUUCCAAAGACGACGGGGACGAGAAUAUGGUGGAUGAGGGCGAGAUUUCUGGGGACGAAGGGGGGGCUCAAGAGGGGACAACCUCACAGGCUAUGGAGGAUGAUUUUGAAGGAGAAGAGAUACCUGAUUCCCGAUCUACAGAGAAAAUGGAUACCACUUAG